AUGUCCGAUGAGGUGUAUGAAGGUGCCAUUGGCAUUGACCUUGGCACGACUUACUCAUGUGUUGCCAAUUAUGAGGGCACCAAUGUAGAGAUAAUUGCCAAUGAGCAGGGUAGCUAUACAACACCAUCCUUUGUUUCGUUCACCGACAAGGAACGCUUGAUUGGCGAGGCUGCAAAGAACCAGGCUGCCAUGAACCCAAAGAAUACUGUCUUUGAUAUUAAGCGCCUUAUCGGCCGGAGGUUUGACGAUCCUAUUGUGAAGAAAGAUGUUGAAUCAUGGCCUUUUAAGGUUGUUGAUCAGGGUGGAAACCCUGCCGUGGAGGUUGACUACCUUGGGGAGUCGAAGACUUUCACCCCACAGGAAAUUUCCUCCAUGGUCUUGAUGAAGAUGAAAGAAGUCGCAGAAACCAAACUCGGAAAGAAGGUUGAAAAGGCGGUUAUCACUGUCCCUGCUUACUUCAAUGACAACCAGCGUCAGGCGACAAAGGAUGCUGGUGCCAUUUCUGGACUGAAUGUUCUGCGUAUCAUCAACGAGCCAACUGCUGCUGCUAUUGCUUACGGCCUUGGAUCGGGGAAGUCCGACAAGGAGCGUAAUGUUCUGAUCUACGAUCUCGGUGGUGGUACCUUCGAUGUGUCACUUUUGAAUAUCCAGGGCGGUGUUUUUACUGUCAAGGCUACUGCGGGUGAUACUCACCUUGGUGGUCAAGAUUUCGAUACUAACUUGCUCGAGUUCUUCAAGAAGGAGUUCCAACGGAAGACUGGAAAAGAUCUGUCGGGUGACGCCAGAGCUUUGCGCCGUCUGAGAACAGCCUGCGAACGUGCCAAGCGGACUCUCUCUAACGCUACCCAGACGACUGUUGAGAUUGAUUCUCUAUUUGAUGGAGAAGAUUUCAACUCCUCUGUCACUCGUGCUCGUUUUGAGGACCUUAAUGCUAAGUCUUUCUCCGGCACUCUCGAGCCGGUGCAGCAGGUUCUUAAGGAUUCUGGUCUUGAAAAGAAUAAGGUUGAUGAAAUUGUUCUUGUCGGAGGCUCCACCCGUAUUCCUCGUAUCCAAAAACUUCUGAGUGAUUUCUUCGAUGGGAAGAAGCUGGAGAAGAGCAUUAAUCCCGAUGAAGCUGUUGCCUAUGGGGCUGCUGUGCAAGCCGGCAUUCUUUCUGGAAAGGCCUCUUCUGCUGAAACACAGGAUCUUUUGUUGCUUGAUGUCGUCCCCUUAUCUUUGGGUGUUGCCAUGGAAGGUAACAUUUUCGCACCUGUAGUGGCGCGCGGUCAGACAGUGCCGACCAUCAAAAAGCGCACUUUCACCACCGUCGUGGAUAACCAGACCACCGUGCAAUUUCCCGUUUACCAGGGCGAGCGCACUAAUUGUGCUGACAACACCUCUCUUGGCGAAUUCACUUUGGCUCCUAUUCCGCCUAUGAAGGCAGGAGAAGCUGCUCUUGAGGUUGUCUUCGAAGUGGAUGUUAAUGGAAUCCUCAAGGUCACCGCUACUGAAAAAUCCUCCGGUCGUAGCGCCAACAUAACUAUCUCGAACGCCGUAGGAAAGCUUUCUACUACAGAGAUCGAGCAGAUGAUUGAUGAUGCUGCGAAAUUCAAGUCUAGCGAUGAAGCCUUUACUAAGAAGUUUGAAUCCCGUCAGCAGCUCGAGUCUUACAUAUCUCGUGUCGAGGAAAUCGUCUCGGAUCCCACCUUGUCGAUGAAGCUCAAACGUGGUAACAAAGAAAAGAUAGAGUCCGCUCUCAGUGAUGCCAUGGCUCAGCUCGAGAUCGAGGAUUCUACUCCAGAAGAUCUCAAGAAGAAGGAGCUUGCCCUUAAGAGACUCAUUACCAAAGCUAUGGCUACUCGGUAA